AUGAAUAUUAUAAAGCUGUUGAUUGCUGGUGAACGAGAGACUGGUAGAGGAGCUAAUCAAAUUGGUACCUUGCAUCAACCUGGAGCUACUCGGUGGAGUUCUCAUUACGAUUCUGUUUGUGACUUAAUAGAAAUGUAUGAUGCAGUUUGUACGGUUCUUGAGAAUAUAAAGGAGGAUGAAUCCACAGGCUCCUUAUGUAGGGAAGCUACUGGUGGAUACAAUGCGAUUAGGCAAUUCGAAUUUGUAUUCAUCUUGCAUCUAUUGAAAGAAAUUAUGGGACUCACAGAUAUCCUUUGUCGAGAACUACAACAUAAGUCUCAAGACAUCGUGAAUGCUAUGAACCUAGUUGGUACAACAAAAGAUGUCCUUGGAAAAUUGAGAUUAAAUGGUUGGGAAACUUUUAUUGGGAAAGUUGAUUUGUUUUGCAAGAAACAUGACAUUGACAUGCCUGAUAUGAAUGCUCAAUAUAAAGUGGGAACAGGUCGUUCUUGUCAACAAAAGGACAACAUUAUAGUUGAGCAUCAUUACCACUUUGACAUAUUCAAUGAUGCAAUAGAUUUUCAAUUGGCAGAGUUGAACAGCAGGUUCAGUGAAGGGGCAAUGGAACUUCUUAUUCUUAGUUCAGCUUUGGACCCUAAGAGAUUUUAUCCUCAGGAUUUCACUCCAAAAGAGUUACAUAUUUUGGGAUGCCAGCUGAAACUUUAUGAGGCGGACGUUCCUCAUCAUCCUGUUGAUCCGUCUUGUGCUAACUCUCCCUGUUUCUACGGCAACUACUGA